AUGGACGAUUGCUGUGCGGUGUGUGCCGACACCCUGGAAUGGGUUGCCUAUGGGGCUUGUGGCCAUAAGGAGGUCUGCUCCACCUGCGUGGCUCGCCUCCGUUUCAUCUGCGAGGACCGCCGUUGCUGUAUCUGCAAGACCGAGUCCAACGUCGUUUUUGUCACCAAGGCUUUAGGAGACUAUACCAAGAUGGUUAGAGACUUGCCAUCUAAAGCAAGGGAGGGUCGCUGUGGAUCAUAUUGGUACCAUGAGGUCACACAAGCAUUUUUCGACGAUGCGGAUCACUACAAGAUGAUCAAGGCAGUGUGCAAUCUUUCAUGCAGUGAAUGUGACAAGAUGGAGGAGAAAUCGACGAUUCGGUUUCGGAACAUUGAACAGCUCAAGUCUCACUUGUUCCACCAGCAUAGGUUGUCUAUGUGUCCUCUAUGUUUCGAAGGGAGGAAGGUGUUUGUAUGUGAACAAAAGCUUUAUACUAACGCACAGUUGAAACGGCAUACAAGUACAGGGGACUCUGUAGUUGAUGGAAGUGAGAGCGAAAGAGGUGGCUUCAAGGGACAUCCUAUGUGCAAGUUUUGCAAAAUUGGAUUCUACGGCGAGAAUGAACUGUAUGCUCACAUGACUACUGGUCACUAUAAGUGUCACUUAUGUCGCAAUUCUGGAGAACAGUAUGAAUAUUAUAAGAAUUAUGAUGACCUCGAGUUGCACUUCAGCCGAGACCAUUUUCUAUGUGAAGAUGAGUCCUGCCUUGAGAAAAAGUUUGUGGUGUUCCGAUCCGAGGCAGAAUUGAAGAAGCACAGUACUAUGGCACAUGGGGGGCGUAUGUCUCGCUCCAAGCGUAAUGCUGCUCUCCAGUUACCAACUAGCUUCAGAUAUGGACCAAGUAAUGAUCAAGAUAGUAGGCGUAGAAGAGUUCGUGGCAAUCCUUCUAAUGAUCAAGCAAGCAGUUUGGAGACACCUAAUGCUGAUGAUAGAACAUUACAUGAUCCUUCAUCAUCCGCUAGGCAAGCUGGUAGUUCGGAAUCACUUGGAGAUACAAGUGACAUUGAUCCAAUCAUUAAGCCACUUGAGUCCUUAAGGACACCUUCAAGUGAUUCAGAAGCAUCAUCAAGGUACCUUCAAGUAGCUUUGGGAAAAAAUAGUGGGAAAGUGAAAGCGCAAUUGGAGGACUCUUCCUUAUUUCCUCCGCUUGCACCUGGCUGCAGCAGCAGUCAACUGACACCCAAACCUGAAUCGGAUCAUGGUUUUCCUAACAACAAUACCAUGGCAGCACAUCUCCGUAGGCAAAACAACCGCAAGAUGGCUGUUGAAUGUCCUGAUACUAAGCCUGCUGUUAUUAGUUCUAGUGAGGCUUGGCCAGCAGCGGGGCGUGUAGCACCACCUACUAGUUCAUCUCAAACGUCAUGGCCUAAAACUAAUGUUUCAGGGAUGGUCUCAGAAGUUACUAAGCCUACUGUUAGUUCUAGUCAGGCUUGGCCAGCAGCGGGGCGUGUAGCACCACCUACUAGUUCAUCUCAGAUGCCGUGGCCUAAAACUAAUGUUUCAGGGAUGGCCUCAGAAGUUACUAAGCCUGCCGUUAGUUCUAGUCAGGCUUGGCCAGCAGCUGGGCGUGUAGCUCCACCUACUAGUUCAUCUCAGAUGCCGUGGCCUAAAACUAAUGUUUCAGGGAUGGCCUCAGAAGUUACUAAGCCUACUGUUAGUUCUAGUCAGGCUUGGCCAGCAGCUGGGCGUGUAGCUCCACCUACUAACUCAUCUCAGACGGCAUGGCCCGAAGCAAAUGUGAGUGCAGCAGCACCUACUAGUUCAUCUCAGAAGCUGUUGUCUAAAACUAAUAGUCAGAACAAGGCGUGGCCGAAGGUUUCAGGUUGUGGUCAGAACAAGAUUGCCUUUGGUAAGGGAGCAGGACAUUCCAGCUAUGCAAGCUCCACUCUGCAGGCUCAAGUUGAGAACCGAGAGACAUCAACAGAAGUGCACAAGUGCGUAAGUUUGGAUUCCAGCUUGGAUUUCCCUCCAGUUUCUGCAGCACAAGUAGUGCAAAAGUUGCCCCAGCAAACUAGUGAGCUUUUGUUGAAAGUUGGGGAUUUUCAAGCUGCUAAUAAGUCCUUGGUGGAAAAUAUCCGCGCAGCUGUCGACUUUGAUGAAGACAAAUACACUGCAUUUAAGGACAUAUCUGUACAGUAUAGUCAGGGAUUAGUGGACAUAAAAGUGUAUUUUAAUUUUGUGAGGCAGUUUGGGUUGUUACAUCUUGUCCUUGACUUGGCUAGACUGUGCCCCAAUGCUGAGAAGCAGCAAGAGCUAAUUGAUGCCUACGAUAACAGUAUGAGAAGCAAUGGUGCAGAAGAGGAUGAUGGAUGGUCUCAGGUCAAGGUCCGAUUGAAAGAUUCGAAGAAAGGUAAAGGGAAGAGUUCUAAGAAUGGCUCUACUGCAGCACCAGUUUUAGAUCUCAGUAAUUCCGCCAGAGGAUUGCCCGUCCAGGGUGUUUGGCGAAAUAAAGGCGGCCAUAAACUUUUUGGUUAG